UUGCCGCUCUGAACAACGUCAUCCUGCGACAUCAACAUGCGACUGUUUUCGGUCAGAGCAGUUUUGCCAGCGGGCGAAGGACAUGAAUGCGGUUAUGUGAAUCUUGACAGCUCCUCAGCUUCUUUCAUUACUUCAAUAUUUUGUCCGUUUUUUUACUGGAACAGUUAACGACAAGCUUCUCGGUGCGGGACCACCAGGUGUCCAUGGUAACGGACAACAGCCACGAUUACGAGAGAAAGAGAUUUUUGAAAGAUAUUUCAUCGGACCGACCCUUUACUUUGCUGUUUCUUUGCCUCUAACAGUUUUGAUUAUCUUUAUUUUCUUCAAAUUGCAGUCAUGGAUGUGGCAGAUUCUUGAUCAGGAAGGAUGACAUCAGAGGCUGCGGUCUCCACAUCUCCUGCCAUAAGCAGCACCCCUGUCAAGAGGGACUACUACUUUCUUCGCUCCUUUGUGGCUGGAGGUGUUGCAGGAUGCUGCGCGAAGACUACCAUCGCUCCUCUGGACAGAAUCAAGAUUCUUCUUCAAGCGCAGAACCCCCAUUACAAACAUCUAGGAGUGUGGUCCACUCUCAAGGCUGUGCCAAAGAAAGAAGGCUUCCUUGGCUUGUACAAGGGUAAUGGGGCAAUGAUGGUCAGGAUAUUUCCUUAUGGAGCCAUCCAGUUUAUGUCCUUUGACAAAUAUAAAAAGCUGCUAAGUAAAAAGAUUGGGAUCUCUGGACACAUUCACCGCCUUGUGGCCGGAUCAAUGGCAGGGAUGACAGCGGUGAUAUGCACCUACCCUCUGGAUGUGAUCCGAGCCAGACUGGCCUUCCAGGUGACAGGAGAGCAUCGAUACACUGGAAUUGCCAAUGCCUUCCACACUAUCUACCUUAAGGAGGGGGGCAUCUUGGGCUUCUAUAGGGGACUGACACCAACACUUAUUGGAAUGGCCCCUUAUGCAGGUUUCUCAUUCUACACCUUUGGCACUCUGAAGAGCCUUGGCUUGAAACAUUUCCCAGAGCUGCUGGCACGCCCCUCCUCAAACAACCCUGAUGUCCUCAUUCUGAAAACCCAUGCAAACCUGCUCUGUGGGGGGGUUGCUGGUGCCAUCGCUCAGUCAAUAUCGUACCCGUUGGAUGUUGCUAGGAGAAGAAUGCAGUUAGGAGCCGUGCUUCCUGACUCUGAGAAAUGUGUAUCACUGAGCAAGACCCUGACAUACGUGUAUAAUGAGUACGGGGUCAAGAAGGGAUUAUACCGAGGCCUUUCUCUCAACUACAUCCGCUGUAUCCCCUCCCAGGCCGUGGCCUUUACCACCUAUGAGUUCAUGAAGCAGACCCUUCACCUCAACUAGCCGCUGUUUUCAUUCCUUCCGAGUCAUUAAGGGAUCGACCUCAAUGCUUCAUCAUAGAGUGAUCGGAGGCUCACUCGCUACGUCUUAAACUCUUCAAUGUGGGAAUCGCCUUUUCCUUGAGUUCACUGAAGGCAACAGAAGUCAGUUAACGUGGAAAAAGGAAACUGGAUAUCAGACAGUAAGGCACUCCUCGUCUGUCCUAUUUCAUUCCCUCUUCCUGCUUUUGUGAGUCACCGCCUCUUAAGAGAAGAUUUACUCAAACACACGACAUGUGGCUUGAAUUUGAGCAACUCCCUCAUCAGUGUCUCCAUGGAUACAGCAGGUCAGCGGCUUGGUUGGUUGGAUGGCUCGGGGCAAUGAUAUGUUCUUUAAAAAUGUUGUUGGCAACACCACAACAACCCUUUGAUUGUGUAGAAGCCCCCUCAUUCACACAGAUGUCCUCAUACUCUCUUUUUCUGUCUAUCUCAUGACCCAAAGUGAUAUAAGAUGGACACCAUCUUAAAAUGAUCACAUUAGCUGUUUUUUUCUAAUUUAAAGUAAAGUUUCUUUACAAAGUCAACUCGGUACAACUCAGUGCUAUGCAUUUAUUUGAAAAGCGUAUCACCCCUAAGCACUUCAAUUCUACAGCUCCUUUUUUUUUUUUUUUAAUAGUUUAAUAUAUUCUUUUUUCCAAAUGUUGUUGAAGUGGCUGGAGUUUUAAAAUAAUCUGAUCUAUAAGGUUUUGUUCAUUCACAGUUUAGCUUGUCUUUUAAUCUACAGUGCAGGUUUGGGGUGCAGUAACUUUAGGCGAAGUUGCUGUUUGUGUGUCUUUGCCUUUGUUCUCGACACAAAUCUAAAAUCAAUUUAAUAAUAAUAAAAAAAAAAAAAGAUGCAGUGGCCGGGGUGGCACAUAAUUUCAGUUUAAGACAUUAACAUUUUAUUGCUAGUCUUUGAAUAGUGCAGUUACUGUAUGCAUUUUCGGUUUUAUGUUGGUUAAUGUGCACUCAGUUUUUGUUUAGCCUGUAGCUUUGAUAUUGAAUUAUGUGCAUCUUUUCUCAGCUAUGAUCAGAAAGAUAUUUUGAGUUUAAGAUGUCAGCAUUUUGACAUAAUAUGGAUUUAGGUCUGACAUGUCUGGAGGGAGGUGAAGGGACUCAGGAGAAAUUUGCACUUCAUCACUGUAGCUUUUUCUUCAUUUAUGUAUUGUUUUAGCGACCUAUUGCCACUGGGUGGCAGCAUUGAAUUUAAAUUGUAUUGUUUACCAUCAGAGCUGGACACAACAUUCAUUUCAUACAUAUCUUAUCAAAUACAAGUCAGAUUGCCUAACAAAAGAAAGUUGACUAUAUAAUAGUAAUAUAUAGCAGAUAGUGAGUAUAUAAUAGUAAUAUAUGCAGCGUUUUUAACCCAGUUCAGCUAAAAUGUUUGACUACCCACCAGAGCUCCUGCAGGUAGGCUGAACAUUAAUAACUGAAUAGAAAAAUUUCCCACUGGCCUUUAAUUAAAGGCUGCAUUCACACCAAAUCAGGCUUAUUGCUGCAACGCCGGAUUUGGUGUGAAUGCAGCCACCACCACUAGUCACCACCAAUGUUUACGUCUGCCUCAUUAGUUGUACAAGCAUCCGUCUUUUUUCAGCCUGUUGCCUUUCUCUGCAUUUAAUGUCUUACUUCACCAGAGUGAUUACUGUGUUUUAUGGAAUUUUCUUCAAAAGUUUCAGUCGAUGCCUCAGGUUUUAGAUCACUGUAUAUGAAUAGGGGGGAAAUUGCAAAGAGCAGAUGGUUUCCGACUUGGCUUGUGACCGCUUAAAAUGAAGCAUGACUACAUACAACCACUUAUCACAGUUAACAUCUAUCCACCAACAUUCAGAUGUUUCAUUUGAAUGAUUGUGGGAGGAGUGAAGAGGUAAAACUUUACUCUUAAUAUUUCACAAAUAAGCAAAUAUUUGAGGAAAGUCCAAACACACAAGCACAAAAUUGUGUCAGAGACGGUCCCCUUGACCCUACCAAAAUCUGUGAAAUUUUUUACAUACCCUGGUAUUCCCCAUCCCCAGAUUACGAGGUGAUGUCACGUUCACCCCCCACACCCACCCCACCCUCCGACUCACUGUAUAGAUGCAGCAGUCAACUGUCAGUAGUGUGGACAGUAUGGAGUAAUGAAAGGUCUGUCAGAGCAGUGGGGUGGAGCGGCAGCAGGCUGCUGCGGAAGCAGGGGUGGUAGCGUGUGUGGUUCAAAUGCACAUUUUUUUUAAUUUGUAAAGGGAAGCAUGUUUAAGCUAAAAUGGAGUGUUAAGUUGCUCUUUGAUAAUAUUGUGAUCGCUGAGAUUCGUUUUGUGUGAGGUUAGGAACUACUGCUAGUAUACUAAUACUAGAAUAUUGUGCAUGCGCGCAAAGGUGUUGUUGAACAAAAGUGUGAACAUAUAAUUCUCCCAAAUCACAAGCGAGAUGAAUAAGAGACCUCUAUUUAAUUCUUGAUUAAAGUGCAUCUAACAAUGAAUAAGCUACAGUAUCUGUAACUGUACCGCCCUGCUGUGCGUAAGAGCUUAAUCACACACUCUCACUGGUGAUAAGUGGGAAACAAAAUAUAGUAUUCAGUAACAUUUCUGCUUUUCAUGGUUCCACUCAUUCAUCUACAGUACGGCUGUGCUUUAAUUUACGCUUGUUUUUUUGUUUUUGUUUUACAAAGUCUCCUAUCAAUCCUUCAAGAGCAGAUCAGCUCUGUCCCUGCUGCUCACUGCAACACCUGAUUAUGUACCGUAGGAGAAGGCAGAUAUUUCUAUAUGUAAAUGUCUAUAAUAGUAUGCUGUAUUACUUUAUCAAACUAUAUUAGAUGUGACUGAGACAAGAUGCAUAGUUUUGAGACUGAUUGAACAAUGAAAAUGCCUUUUUUUUUUUGUCAGUUAUUUUCUCAAUUUGUACAUGUACAUGUUCGCCUGCCUGCUUUUCAUAAGCAGUGUCUGAAUUAAAUGUCACCUUCUUAAAACGGUA